ACCAACUGAUUUUGUUCGCGUUUAUUUAUCUCACACAUUAUAUAGUCAUAUUAAUAUCUCGUGUCUGCUCAUAAACGCAAAGAUGCGUCUUUGAUUUCGCGGACGACGUGGCGGAACUUUCUAUUUCUAGUUUUUUCAACGUUAGCAUAAUUCGCCGCAAUGGCGGAGGUGGCUGCUGCAGCUGUCGGAGCUGGUCUCGAUGUAAACACAGCUGGAAACCCGACAGAAGUCGCAAUGGCGUAUUUACAAGAUGAGAAGACUGAUGGAGACAUCGCUAACCUCAACCUGGGCGAACUGGACCUCACCACUGAUGAGUUCAUCUUGGAUGAAGUGGACAUUCACAUCCAGGCCAAUCUGGAAGAUGACCUCGUGAAGGAGGCACUCAAAACGGGCGUUGACCUCCGGCAGUACUCCAAACAGGUGGAGUCAGAGCUGCAGAGGAUUGAACAGGCCUCCAUCAAAGACUACAUCAAGGAGAGUCAGAACAUUGCUCUCCUACACAACCAGAUCACCGCCUGUGACUCCAUACUGGAGCGUAUGGAGGGCAUGCUGAGCGGCUUCCAGAGCGACCUGUCCUCCAUCAGCAGUGAGAUCCAGACUCUGCAGCAGCAGUCGGUCAGCAUGAAUGUCCGGCUGAAGAACAGGCAGGCGGUGCGCAGCCAACUCAGCCAGCUGGUGGACGAGCUGGUGGUGCCUGGAGCCAUGAUCUCCACCAUCCUGGACAGUCCUGUGACAGAGCAGGAGUUUCUGGAGCAGCUCCACGAGCUCAACAACAAGAUCAACUUCGCCAAAGAGCUGAGCUUCAGGGAGACGCUGGCCUGCUCUGACAUCCAGGACAUCGUGGACCGCCUUAAACUCAAGGCGGUGUCAAAGAUCCGAGAGUUCAUUCUUCAGAAGAUCUACUCCUUCAGGAAGCCGAUGACAAACUACCAGAUCCCACAGAACACUCUGCUGAAGUACAGAUUUUUCUAUCAGUUCCUCUUGGCCAAUGAGAGAACAGUUGCCAAGGAGAUCAGAGACGAGUACGUGGAUACGAUGAGCAAAAUUUAUUACAGUUACUUCAAGUCAUACAGCGGCAGGCUGCUCAAAGUACAGUACGAGGAGGUCGCAGACAAAGAUGACCUGAUGGGAGUCGAAGACACAGCCAAGAAAGGUUUCUUUUCCAAACCGUCUCUGAAGAGCAGGAACACCAUCUUCACUCUGGGCCAGAGGGGGGCCAUACUGAGUCCUGCUGAGCUGGAGGGGCCCAUCCUGGUUCCACACACAGCUCAAAGAGGAGACAGCAGGUAUCCCUAUGAGACGCUGUUUCGCAGCCAGCACUACGCUCUGCUGGACAAUGGCUGCAGGGAGUACCUCUUCCUCUCCGACUUCUUCAUGGUGGCAGGAAACUCCGCCCUCGACCUCUUCAACAGCAUCAUGGGGAAAACUCUCAGCAUGUUUCUGAAGAGCAUGUCCACGUAUGUGUCCGACUGCUACGACAGCAUCGCCAUCUUCCUCUGCAUCCACAUCAUCCUCCGGUUCAGAGCCAUCACCGCCAAGAGGACCAUCCCUGCUCUCGACAAGUACUGGGAGGCAGUUUUGGAGCUGCUGUGGCCGAGGUUUGAGAUGAUUCUGGAGAUGAACAUCCACAGCAUCAGAAACACAGACCCUCAGAAACUGGGAGUACUGGACACCAGACCACACUACAUCACUCGGCGUUACGCAGAGUUCUCAUCUGCCAUCGUCAGCAUCAACCAGACGUUUCCCAACGAGAGAACCAACGCUCUGCUGGGACAGCUGCAGGUUGAGGUUGAAAACUUUGUGCUGAAGAUGGCCGCAGAGUUUCCAUCAAGAAGAGACCAGCUCAUCUUCCUCAUCAACAACUACGACAUGAUGCUCAGCGUCCUCAUGGAGAGGGCAGCAGACGACAGUAAAGAGGUGGAAGGAUUCCAACAGCUGCUCCUGGCUAGGACACAGGAGUUUAUCGAGGAGAUUCUCUCUCCCCCCUUCGGAGGGAUGAUCGCCUUUGUGAAGGAGGCCGAGGCUUUGGUGGAGAAAGGGCAGCUGGACCGACUCAAGAACGAGGAAGCUCGUAUCACUCAGCUGGUUCGAGGGUUUUCCAGCACAUGGAAACAGUCAGUGGAGUUGAUGAGUCAGGACGUCAUGAGGUCCUUCACCAACUUUAAAAACGGGACCAGCAUCAUACAGGGCGCUCUGACCCAGCUGAUCCAGUACUACCAUGGCUUCCACAAGGUCCUGAAUCAGCCGACAUUCCGCAGCCUCGCCGUCCGCUCAGAGCUCAUUAACCUGCACCACCUCAUGGUGGAGGUGAAGAAGCACAAACCCAACUUCUAACAGGGCGGCUUCGCCAGUGGGGAACUCCCCCUGUUAGACAUUCUGCUUCAGUGGGUGAAACAUGAGCAUGAUACCUGGAAACACCUGGAGUAUCUGGAGGUGUUGACUCCCUUCAGGUUCCUCCUCCUUCGCUCGCACCUAAAGAACAUAAGUUGUACUGUACUUUUUUUUUGGAGAGCAUUAACAAAGCAGGACAAACUUUUUUUCCCUCGAGCUGAAAGCAAGCGGCAUCAUAUAUCAGAAAGAGUCGGCACAAGCUGAUGUCCUCACUGAACCAAGUCAUUUAAUGUUUCUAAUUCAUUUCAUUUCAUGUCACUCAUCUGAAGUGCUGAAAUGUGAAAAAAAACAGAUAACCAUAAUAAUAAUAAAGCUGUACAGCCACUGUUUGUAAAACAGAUUUAAUUAAAUAAUAAUCAGUUAAACUUUUUGAUCCUACAAAUUUACAUAUACAUGCUGUGUCGUUAGCUGUCAACCACUCAUUUGUGUAUUUGAAGGUUAUCUGAAACCAGCAUGGGAAUGGCGGACCCUGCCACUAACAAUGAAAAGUAAUAUAUACAAAUUUAAUUACAUUAAUCAGCCAACCAUAAAUAGUGAUUAAAAUCUCAAUGAUUAUAACUUAAAAAAUACAUGUACUGGUGUAAAAUGUUCAUAUUUUAUGAUAAAAUAUAAAAACAGGAAACAAAAACAACUUGUCCAAGUUAUGAUGAGAAUUUGGACUUUCAUCAUGAAACACUGAACAGACGUGUUUAUGUUUUUCUUUUGUCUGUUUUUUUUUUUCUUAUUUAAUCCAGAAGAAGAAAUCAUACGUGUUUAAGAUUUGAUUUAUACUGUUUAUAACACUGCACUAGUGAGAGAGCAGCUCUUGCGAAUACAUUACUUGAAAAACUGUCGUUUUUUUUUAUUCCAUGCAGCUUCAAUGAACCUCAAAAGGUGAGACUGACUGUUAAAGGAUAAAGCUGCUGAUAUUCUGUAUUUUUCUUAUUGUCUCUCAGUUCUGUCUCUGGCUGUGGCUCUCAGCUCCAAAACCAUUGGCUCCUACCAAAGAUGCUAAUCUUUAAAAACACAAAUGUAUAGAAUGUAAUUUUUUUCAAUAGCUGCUCACUUUAGUUUUUAUCAAACAAACAGGAAAUAUUGCAUUUGCUGGGGACUAUUUUCCACAUUAUUAAUCCACAUUAGAUGCCCUAGUGAGUAUUUGUGGCAGCAGGAUGGUGUAUGUAGGACUGAGUCAAAAUAAACGUUAAUAAAUAAAGUUUGUGUUGAUGUGAAUGAAGGAACAUGUUACCCAGUGACACAGUGUGGCUCAUUAAUGUGUUUUUAAUGGACAACAAUGGAGCUGCAUGGCACAGGCAAAGAUGUAUCAGGCUUUGAUGCACACACAGUAGUUGUUAGUAGAUACAUUCACUGUUGAUUUUAGACAUUUCAUGGGAUUUAUUGACAAUAACAUAAAAAAUACAGAAUAUCACCAGACUGAUCCUUUAAAGGUUCACUUUGUUAUAACACACUGAGGGAGCGAGUCUUGAAGUUGUUGUGUGCCUUUGCUUGUUUAUCUAGCUGUGCAGAGUUCAUUGUGGUGUAUUUAUUUGUGUAGAUCUGUAUGUGAAGUCAUUCCAGUGUGAGGCAACAGUCUGUGGAGUUUAAAAAUGAAUGAUGGAAAUAUGA